AAAACAUUGGGUGUUCAGUUGGAGUGAGAAAUACGUAGAGGGGAAACGAUAGGCAGCAGACAUCGCGGAUGGAAGAUUUUUUUUUCGUGAGCAUUUUGGUAAACGCAUGGUGAAUGUGACCUGCACACUUCCUUGACAUGAAACGGGGAACCUUCGUGCUCAUUGGCCAAUGACAGCAUCGGUUAUCGGUCUGCUACUGUCUCCGCUAGCUAGCAGACAGACGGUGCUCGCACCACAGCUGGAGAGGCACCCCUCAUAAUUCUGACUUUCUGGCAUAAAUAACGCAUAAAGGCAUAAUUCCUGCUGAACUUCCCAUCUGAUGGAGCAGUGGUUGGCAUUCCUUGUGAGGAGACAUCAUGUUCCCAUGUCAUGUUUCCCCUUGGCCUUCUGCUGAGCCCCCGGCGUCCUGCGGCAGUCAUGCACCCCCAGUGCAUCCCUCACAGCCUCUGCCCGAUCUGCUGUGCAGCUGUCCCGCUGCACCUUUAAACGCCCACUCUGAGACACCCUCCCCUGACCCCAUGGAGUCCCUCAUUGUGGUCACGGAGUAUGAACCCAGCAGACCACCAGGGGAGGGGAAGGCCGGGGAGGAGGAGGUAGAAGAAAUGGACAGUUCUGAGACGCCUGAGCCAACUUCCUCCACGGCAGCAGCCCCCCUCCGGACCCCCUCCUGUGACCUGCUGUCCCACACGGUCGGCCGGCCGGAGGCUCUGCUGCCGGAGAGCCAAGAGCAAAGGGGCAGAUUGAGCCUCUCUGACCGGAAGCUCUCGCUGCAGGAGCGGUCGCACACCGCCACAUCCCCCUGCAGCUCACCGGGACUCAACGGUCGCUAUAUCUACCCGUCACUGCCUUACUCCCCAAUCACAUCACCCCACUCCUCCCCACGCCUGCCCCGCCGCCCCACCGUGGAGUCCCACAGUGUGUCCAUCACAGAUCUCCAGGACUGUGUUCAGCUCAACCAGUACAAACUGAAAGAUGAGAUUGGAAAGGGCUCCUACGGUGUUGUCAAGCUGGCUUACAAUGAGGAUGACAACACGUACUAUGCGAUGAAAGUGCUGUCCAAGAAGAGGCUGAUGAGGCAAGCAGGAUUCCCACGAAGGCCGCCUCCUCGUGGUGCCAGAGUGGUCCCCGAAGGCCCUGCUCAGCUAAAGGGGCCACUGGAGCGCGUUUAUCAAGAGAUUGCCAUCCUUAAAAAGCUAGACCAUCCUAAUGUUGUCAAACUAGUAGAGGUUUUGGACGACCCCAGUGAGGACCAUCUGUACAUGGUGUUUGAGCUGGUGAAGCAAGGGGCUGUGAUGGAAGUCCCAACAGAUAAACCAUUCAGUGAGGACCAGGCCCGGUUUUACUUUCAGGAUCUGCUCAGGGGAAUUGAGUACUUACAUUACCAGAGGAUCAUCCACAGGGACAUUAAACCUUCCAACCUGUUGGUGGGAGAGGAUGGACACAUCAAGAUCGCUGACUUUGGAGUUAGUAACCAGUUCGAGGGAGCUGAUGCCCUCCUGACCAGCACAGUGGGAACCCCAGCUUUCCUUGCUCCUGAAACGCUCUCUGAAACCAGAAAGAAUUUCUCUGGGAAGGCUUUGGAUGUUUGGGCCAUGGGGGUAACACUUUACUGCUUCGUCUUUGGAGUGUGUCCAUUCAUGGAUGAGCGUAUUCUAAGUCUCCAUCAAAAAAUCAAGACACAACCUGUUGUGAUACCAGACCGUGCCGACAUAUCAGAUGAUCUCAAAGAUUUGUUUUUAAAAAUGCUGGACAAGGAUCCAGAGACCAGGAUUUCAGUGCCACAGAUAAAGGUGCACCCGUGGGUCACACGGCAUGGCGCUGAGCCUCUCCCCCUUGAGGAUGACAAUUGCAGCAUGCUGAUUGAGGUCACCGAGGAGGAAGUGGAGAACUCUGUUAAACACAUUCCCAGCCUGGCAACAGUGAUCCUGGUGCGUACUAUGUUGAGGAAGCGCUCUUUUGGUAACCCCUUUGACUGGGGCCGGAAAGAGGAGCGCAGCAGUUUGUGCGCCCGAGGACAGAUGCUCACGAAAGGCAGAGCAGGCAAUGUGAGAUACUGCUACAUUCAUUGUAACCAAAAAAGGAAGCAGGAGAGCGGGGACGGUCAGAAAAGUAUGGAACUGCCCUACGUGGGAGAGGAUGAGGCUCUCUCCUGACACAGAUGCUUUAAUAUGCACGCUGGUGGUAUCUUCCUGCCUGCAACCACACAGCACGACAGCCCUUUACUCAGUUUUUAAACUGGCAGCCUACACCCACAAAUGUUAUUUUGGGAGGUGGACAAGUGUGGAAGAUGCUAAAAAGAAGUGAGAAUAUUAACAAUCUAAGGCACUUUGACUACCAUUUCUUAACUUACCUUCUAUUGUCUGAUCUUGUACAGCUUACUUUGGAUUUGUGGGAUUGUGACGGUCAUGUGAACCUUCCAGGGGUUGAUCCCCAUGAACCUUGAAAUGUCACCCUUUUUCCCCUAAACCCCUUUCCACUCGCCCACCCUGCAUGCAUUUAUAUUCCCGGCAUGCUUCGUCUCAGGCUGCAACUGUACAGAUUUUGGUUUUAACGUAGUUUAGCCUCUUGUAUUGGUUCUUAUUGUUACUUGACAAUACUUUCAGGUACACAGGGCGCGGGUGGAGGAGGUGGUGGUGGCUGAGGUGGAAGCCAGGUUGUCCUCACCGCCACCAUCGACAUUCUCUUUAGGGGAGAAUGUCUGGGAUGUAAAGAUUGUCUGGUUGACUCUGCCUCAGAGUAGCGAUGCCCAAUUUUGUAACAUAAUUCAGUGACGUCUAUGUACAGUUUUACCCCAAAUGAAAAAAGGGAAGUGAAAUGUGUUUACUUAAUUGAAUGCACGCAUUUAUUUUCUCAGUGCAAAAACUGUAUAAGCUAUUUACAAAGAUCCACAUCUUUGUCGACACCCUAGUUGGACAUUUCCCUCCAGGUUUCUUAUUUAUCACAAUAAAUUAAAGCUUUAAAUGAUCUGCAUAGUGCUUUGUGAACAACCACAUUUGUCAUCACUGCAUUUAGAUGGCCAUUGUUUUUAUUUUUUUCUAGUAAAACUAGUGCUUCUGCUGAGUCUUUUAUAGGUGUUUGAUAAGGAUUUUUUUAUUUGUGCUUUAUUAAUACUUUGAAACUAAUCUAGCUGCGGACAGUUUGGUUCUGGACCGUGACUUACCGAAUGCAGAGGAGCUGUGAAUCUGUCGGUUUUUGGUCAAAGCUGUAAAUGAGUCAUUGUGAUCACAUGCACAGUUAGGCUGCGAUACGGUUGACUGCUGGACCACCAACCUGAUGCAGGUCCAGUGCCACAACAGUUUGGACUGUACCUACAUAUGUUUAAGACAUCCUGCCACGUCUAACUCUAGAAUCAGACUUUUAAUUAAAGCCGAGUUGAAGAAGAGACUUCGUCAGAUGGCGGCGUGGUCGUUCAAUCAGGAUGUUGAAAGAGUGGGUUGACAGUCCGGAAAUGCUGGGAGCAAACAGGACUUGUUGUGUAGUCUUUUUGGACCAAAGAAUCAGAAUAAAAUGAGGAUUAAAGCUAAGGAGGCAAAAUGUUGAAACCUUUAUACAAAGCCUGUUAGGAAUGAACACGUCCCCAACUGCAUUAUGUCGUUCUGAGAGUCAAGUUUAAUCUAAAUUUGGUAGGAGAUGUUUCCAGGUUUGGUAGGAUUAACACAAUAGUGAGUUUUGUUUUCUGGUGUCAGGGCUAUGACAGAGCUUCGUUACAUGUUUGUUUCAUCCAGUAUGGAACCGGACAGGAAUUGAAAGUGAUGAAGAUGGAACAUCUUGUUUUGUUUGUUUUUUCGUCUUUUCAGAGUUUCUUACGUUAUUUUCCAAACUGCACAUUUCAGCACACCAAAAAAAUGUAACGUUCCAUCUAAAAGUCUACAGUUAUCGCUGAACCAUUAGAGCUGGCUGCUGCUGAGGUUAGGGGGAGACAGAAGCGUAGUGCUGUUGCAGACUUUUCUACAAAUCUAUGCAUAUCUGUUGGGGUGUUAAAUAGUAUUUGGACAGUUUCUAGCCACGCGACUAAUAUCCAGCUCACACCUUUUUUGUUUUUGCUUUUUGAUGUUUUAUUUCAGGUCUUACGACACCAAAUUAAACAACUUUCUCCCUUUUUUUUGGCUUACAUUUCAAUGUGCUUAUUCUAAAGAUGUUUAGCGUCUCUGGGAUAUGUUUAGUGACUGAAUGUGUCUCUAAUCAAUGUAGAUCACUGACAAUGCGUUGAUUAAAACAUUUGAUGCUUCCACUCACAUAUUUGUUCAGCACUAAUUUGCUGAAUGUAUGAAAAAUGGACUGGACUUUUUUAUGUACUCAUUACUGUAUUUGCAUGUCACUGCACUGCACCUGCUGUAAACCUGUUUUUCAGACUUGUACUAUGCACAUGGUGUGUCUUUUCGGUACAGCGAGCACACUCAGUGGUGAGGGUCAUGAGUCAGGUGAGUGUUUGUCUGCAAUUUUGUUAAAUGUUUUUAGCCACUUUUUUUUUUCUAGUAGUAUUUGAUGAGGUACAUAGGUUUUAGAUUGCCACGAAUCCAAAAUCCCGUUUUAGCGUCAGUUCAGUGUUUAGUGGGUGUUAAUUGAAAACGUGACAGUCUGUUUGAUACCGUGAGAUGUUGCCACACAUUUACUGAAUGAUGGAUUCUAAGAGAAGCAAAAAUAAGACACAUGCAUCCCCUGUGGUGUGAAUAUUCCUCCCUGGUGAACAGAAAACUAACCGAUUGUGACUGGCAAGCUACAAAAGAGUCAAAAGAAGUGCAUGACGAACCUUUGGAACUCACAAUAUUUAACCGUGUCAUUUGUUAUAAUUCACCUGCCCAGUGACACCAGAAGGACCAGGCUGCGUAAUCAACAGCUAUUGUUUACAAGUUUUUAUUCUGCCGCGUGAAUCAUUUCAUUAAGAGCUCCUUGAGUUCUGUUCCACUAAAUGCAUGCAGAGUGUCGUCAUCGCAUGUCAGGUCCCUCAGAGACGGGACAUUAGUUCUACUACAACUGCUGUACUUUGUUCAUCACUAAAAUAAAAGUAAUCAUUGCCUUUCUGUAA